AUGGCAUCUACAACGUUUGGCCCCGCUAACGUCGGGUUUCAAGCGGGCACUAUAAAUGGUCCCGUCUACACUACAUUCUAUGCUUCACCUGAGCGACGCGAAACUCCACCACAGCCAUCCAUCGUGAUACCUUUCGCACGAGACGCAGAUUUUGUCGACAGAGGCACACUGCUCGACGAGUUCCGUGAGCGAUGCACGCAGCCAAAUGCAAGGAUAGCGCUCGUCGGACUGGGUGGGGUAGGUAAGUCACAGCUAGCGAUCGAGCAUGCCUACCGCACGCGCGAGCAGUCGUCAGAAACAUGGGUGUUAUGGGCCCACGCUAGCAACGCCGCCCGGCUGGAGCAAAGCUUUCACGAUAUUGCCGACCGCGUCAAGAUCGUAGGACGUCAAGAUCCGCAAGCCAACAUCUUCAAGCUGGUGCACGACUGGCUGUGCGACAGCAAGCAGCCAUGGCUGCUCGUGCUAGACAACGUGGACGAUGCCAGCUUUCUACUCGAGGCCCAACCUGCCAGCUCCAAGACCGCAGCUAGACCGCUGCGCGAGUACCUCCCCCACUGCGAGCACGGCUCGAUGCUUAUCACAUCGAGAAGCAAAGAAGCAGCGAGGAAGCUGGUAGAGCAGCGCGACAUCAUCACGCUGGGCCCGAUGGACGAGGCGCAGUCGCUGGCGCUGCUUGGAAAGAAGCAGGGAGUGCAAGCGGACAAGAGCAAUGAUGCUGAGCUGGCGAAGCUGGCUGCAGCGCUCGAGUACAUACCGCUCGCUAUUACACAGGCUGCUGCAUAUAUCUUGCGAAGCGCACCUCGUUGCUCAGUGGCACAGUACCUAGAAGAAUUUAGGCGCAGCGACGGCGGAAUGACAAGCCUGCUAAACCACGAAGCAGGACAUCUUCGAAGAGACGGAGAGGCUAAAAACUCCAUCAUUAUUACAUGGCAAAUAUCAUUCGAGCACUUGCGACAAUAUAAACCGUCAGCAGCUGAGCUGCUCUCACUAAUGAGCUUCUUCGACCGGCAGGGAAUUCCAGAAUCACUUAUCCGCGGCGGCCAAGAAGUGGAUAGGGCUAGCACAGCUCCAGAGAGGAGGGAAAGAUCAACGAGCCAGCGUUUUAGGUUUCUCUUCAGCCGUAAACAGAGUCAGCCUAAGGCCCAGCGACAGCACAAAGAAAGCGAUGGCGAUGACAAUGACGAUAGGAGGAAAUUUGAGAACGACAUAGUGGCGCUGCGCGAUCUCUGCCUUAUCUCUAUUAAUACAGAUAACGCUACUUUCGAAAUGCACAGUCUCGUGCAGCUUGCAACAAGGAGAUGGCUUUUUGCAAACGGCAAACUUGAGCAAUGGAAGCAGGUGUUUGUUAGUAACCUUUGCGCAGCAUUCCCGACAGGAGAGUAUGAGAACUGGGCAGCCUGUCAAGCGCUAUUCGCACACGCUAAGGCGGCAGCUGGCCAGAAGCCAGAAGCGACAUCCUCGCUAAUAGAGUGGGCUACGCUACUAUAUCGUGCAGCAUGGUAUGCAACGAGCAAAGGAAGCGCAGCAGAAGCAGAAACCCUAGCAAUACAGUCAAUGAAGGUACGAAAGACGGUCUUAGGGCGAGAGCAUGAGGACACGGUAUGGAGCAUGGCAAUGGUGGCAGAUGCUUACUCACUUAUGAUGGAGACUCGCAAGAAGAAACUAGGAGCGGACCAUCCUUCCACGCUGACCAGCAUGGCUAAUCUUGCUUGGACAUGGAAAAGCUUAGGGAGAAGUGCUGAAGCUAUAGGCUUGCUGCAGGAGUGCGUUCAUCUUCGCUGUCAGACUCUGCGAGCAGGGCAUCCUGAUCUAGUAUCCUCUCAGGAAACCUUAGCUGAAUGGGAAGCAGAGCAAGCAGUUAGAACUCUUGCGAUAAGUUAA